GCCUGCACUUGGAAGAAGAGCAUUAGACGUGAGAGCACACUUUGUUCAGCUGUCGGUCCCUGGGUGGAGGACAAGGCAGGCCUGCCAGCUUCUUACCAGCAUCCAUGGCAAGCCAGGUUGGGCAGCUGCCGCCGCUGCCGCCGUCGCGGCCACUGCCAGUGAUCGACCUCGGCAGGCUCAGCAAGGACCCGGCCAUGCGGGCGCUUGCCAUCCAGGACAUUGCGCGGGCGUGCCGAGAGCAGGGAUGCUUCCAGGUGGUAAACCACAGUGUCGGCAAAUCCGUCAUGAAUGGCGCCCUUGAAGCCGCCUCGGAGUUCUUUGAAACUUCACCGGAGUACAAAGAGUUGUUCGCAUCGACCGACAUCCGACGGCCUAUCAGGUAUGACACGAGUUCGAGGGAUGGGAUCAGCAAAGCCAGGUCAUUCCUGAAGCACUACGCCAACCCUCUGGAAGACUGGAUACAGUACUGGCCAAUGCAACCGCCAAUGUAUAGGAAGAAGAUGGGGGACUAUGCUGUUGAAAUACAGAGAGUGUCAAUGCAACUCAUGGAUGCUAUUCUACAGGGUCUAGGACUAGAACCAUUGUACCUGCAAGAAAAACUUGAGAAUGGCGUGCAGUUCCUUGCCUUGAACAACUACCCACAUUUUUCACAUCAAGGUGACAAGGUUGGAUUGGCUCCCCAUUCCGAUUAUGGCUUCCUCACCAUCCUGCUGCAGAGCUCCCCAGGACUUGAAGUGACGCCCCAUGACGAGAACACCUGGAAGGCUGUCCCUGUAGUCCCUGGGGCCCUCCACGUCCAUAUUGGGGAUCACCUGGAAGUCUUGAGCAAUGGUCAGAUCAAGUCCCUUGUCCAUCGAGCCAUACUCAAUCCUGAUGAAGCAAGAAUUUCUAUUGCCAGCAUUCAUGGUCUCCCCGUGGAUGAAAAGGUUCGCUGUGCUGAGGAGCUAGUUGAUGAGAAGCACCCAGAAAUGUACAGGGAAAGUAGCUUCCAGGACUUCCUCGACUUCCUACCAUCGAAUAUCAACAACUACAAGAGAUUUGUUGAGAGCCUCAAGAUCGACAGAGCUUAAAAAGAAAACAUUGGUUUCUGCUGCACCAGAAACAUACCAAAAUGGCAUUCUUCAGAUAAGACUGUAAGCUAGAUGAAACAAAAUUUGAGUGUUUUUAAACUGAGUAUUGUAACAAGGAGGAAUCUCUAUGCGGUUCAGCAGUCCCA